GACAAGGUUCACCCAGGCUUGGCACAGCUGGGAGCCAGGCACCGUGGGAAGAGGGUGUUGCAAAGGGAGGGGGAGGGGCGGGGCGCGACAGCAGCAGUGACAAGAGGGGACUGUCAUUUUCACCAGAGCAGAGCAAACAGACUGAGCCCGUCAUGCUCUCCUCCCUGGGCUUCCUGGAGGCCAUCUUCUGGAGUGUGCUUCAGCCCCACGUUUUUCUGCUGGGUGCUGUCACCUUUCUUUUCUUUGCUGCUUUCUUCAGAAGGCGGAGCCAAAAGAACUACCCCCCAGGGCCUCCUGGCCAACCAAUCUUUGGCAAUUUCUUCCACCUAGACUUCAAGCAGUCUCACUUGGCUAUUCAGCAGUUUGUGGAAAAAUAUGGGAACAUCAUGCAAUUGGAAUUUGGUUCCUUGACUUCUGUUCUCGUAACUGGAUUGCCCUUAAUCAAAGAAGUUCUUAUGUACAAGGAUAAAAACUUCCUGGGCCGUCCUGUAACUCCUCUCCGAGAACAUGGCUUUAAGACCAAUGGAUUGAUCAUGUCCACUGGCCAGAUAUGGAAGGAACAAAGAAGGUUCACCUUGACAACACUAAGGAACUUUGGUCUAGGAAAGAAGAGCUUAGAGGAACGCAUCCAAGAAGAGGCCCAACAUCUUGUCCAGGCCAUAAUGGAGGAGAAUGGACAGCCUUUUGACCCUCACUUUAAGAUCAACAAUGCUGUUUCCAAUAUUAUUUGCUCUGUCACCUUUGGGGAGCGUUUUGAGUACCAGGAUGAUAAGUUUCAGAAGUUACUGUGGCUGCUGGAUGAGGUCACAUAUCUGGAAGCUUCUGUGACUUGUCAGCUCUUCAAUAUAUUUCCAAGGGUGAUGAAUUUCUUACCAGGACCUCACAAAAAACUCUUUAAGUACUGGGAAGAGCUGAAGUUGUUUGUUGCUCAAGUAGUUGAAAAACACAAGAGUGACUGGAUUCCUGCUGAAACAAGAGACUUUAUUGAUGCUUACCUCAUUGAAAUAGAAAAGCAUAAGAGUGACACCAGUUCAAGUUUCAAUGAAGAAAAUCUCAUCUGUUCCACUCUGGACCUCUUCUUUGCGGGAACUGAGACAACUUCGACAACGUUGCGCUGGGGUCUGCUUUACAUGGCCCUCAAUCCAGAAGUCCAAGAAAAGGUACAAGCUGAGAUCGACAGAGUGAUUGGCCAGUCACCACCCAACAUGGCUGUUCGGGAGUCUAUGCCCUACACCAAUGCUGUCAUCCAUGAGGUUCAGAGAAUGGGCAACAUCCUUCCUCUGAAUGUGCCCAGGGCAGUGGUGAGUGACACCACCCUGGCUGGAUAUGACCUGCGCAAGGGGACUGUGAUCUUGACCAAUCUGACUGCACUGCACAGGGACCCUGCAGAAUGGACCACACCUAACAGUUUCAACCCGGAGCAUUUUCUGGAGAAUGGACAGUUUAAGAAAAGGGAAUCCUUCCUGCCUUUCUCAAUAGGAAAGCGGGUAUGCCUUGGAGAACAACUGGCCAGGACUGAGUUGUUCAUUUUCUUCACUGUCUUUUUGCAAAAUUUUACUUUCAGGCCCCCAGACAAUGAGAAGCUGACUGAGAAAUUCAGAAUGGGCCUCACUAUCUCACCUGUCAAAUACCACAUCCGUGCCAUUCCUCGGGCCUGAAGGGGUUGGGGGAAAAGAGGGGAAAGGAAAGCCAAAGGUAUUGUGAUGUCUUCUGAAAUUACUGGACUCUGUCAGAAGUGAGGACAGAAUGAACGUAGCUUGAUGGAAAGAUGGGAGAAAUCAGGGUUAGAGGGAACCGGAUCCAAAUACCAACUUUGAGCUUCUAGGGAGGGAAUUAGCAGUGACUAUCAGUAAUUGAUUGCCUGAGGCCUCAGUCUGCUCCCUGACCCUAUAUAUUAAUAAAUUUAAAAAAAAGGGCUUAGCUUUGCCUUCACCCCCAGUGCUACCUUGAGGGAAAGAUGUCAAAAUAAUCUGCCCUUUCUUAUAGAAGGUGAAAAAAAAAGAGUAUAAUGAUUUCCUCUCAGAACAUAUCAUUACUGUGAGAAGUUAUGACCCAUAAGUGACUUGAAAACAAUAAAAACAUGGAAUUUAACUCAGA